AUGCCGGAGGACAUUCUGUACAAUAUAAGAAGACGGAGGAGGAGGAGUGGUGUUUGUGAGGAGGAGAAGCUGUCCUGCUGUUCUUUGUGUCUGGAUGUCCUGAAGGAUCCAGUCUCUACCAGCUCUGGACACAGGUUCUGUGGACCGUGCUGGGGACAGCCUGCUUCAUCAGGACCCUCCUCCUCUACCCAGUGUGGAAAAAGCUCCAGAACUGGACUUGAGACAGCCAGUCAGAGCAUUUGUGUCCAAGAUGUUGGUCUCCAGGAGGUCUUAGAGGAACAUCGAAUCUGUCUGAGGAGGAGAUGUGAACAUGUGACUGAAGGAAGUGAUGAAACAGGAAGUAGAACCCUCCUCAACAGUAUCUACACUGAGCUCUACAUCACAGAGGGACAGAGUGAAGAGGUUAAUACCCAACAUGAGGUGAGGCAGCUGGAGACAGCUUCUAAAAGGAGCCUCCAUGAGACUCCAAUCAGAUGCCAGGACAUCUUUAAAGCCUUACCUGAGCAACAUGGAUCUAUCAGAGUAGUUCUGACCAACGGCAUCGCUGGCGUUGGAAAAACCUUCUCAGUGCAGAAGUUCACUCUGGACUGGGCUGAGGGCUUGGAGAACCAAGAUGUGAGCGCAGUGGUUGUGCUUUCGUUCAGGGAGCUGAACUUGAUCAGAGAUGAGCAGCACAGUCUUCUCACACUGCUCCAUGUUUUUCAUCCAACAUUACAGAAGGUCCCAGCAGAGAAGCUGGCUGUCUGGAAACUUCUCUUCAUCUUUGACGGCCUGGAUGAAAGCAGACUCCACCUGGAUUUCACCAACAGUCAGCUGCUUUCUGAGGUCACACAGAAGUCCUCGCUCAAUGUGCUACUGACAAACCUCAUCAAGGGGAACCUGCUGCCCUCGGCUCUGGUCUGGAUCACUUCCAGACCUGCAGCAGCCAGUCAGAUCCCUCCUUCAGGUGUGGACAGGCUAACAGAAGUACGAGGCUUCACUGACGCCCAGAAGGAUGAGUACUUCAGGAGGAGGUUCAGUGAUGAAAAGCUGUCCAGCAAAAUCAUCUCCCACAUCAAGACCUCCAGGAGCCUCCACGUCAUGUGUGGAAUCCCAGUCUUCAGCUGGAUCACUGCUACAGUUCUGGACCACAUGUUGGCCAUAGAGCAGAGAGGAGAGCUGCCCAAGACCAUGACUGACAUGUACUCACACUUCCUGCUGGUUCAGACAACCAGGAAGAAGAACAAGUACCAUGAAGGAGCUGAGACCAGUCCACAGAAGCAGACAGAGACUGACCGGGAAGUCCUUCUGAAGCUGGGGAGGCUGGCGUUUGAACAUCUGGAGGAAGGAAACAUCAUGUUCUACCAAGAAGACCUGGAGCAGUGUGGUCUGGAUGUCACAGAGGCCUUGGUGUACUCAGGAGUUUGUACAAAGAUCUUCAGAAGAGAGUGUGUGAUCUUCCAGAAACCAGUCUACUGCUUUGUUCAUCUGAGCAUUCAGGAGUUUUUGGCUGCAGUCUACAUGUUCCACUGUUACACCAGCAAGAGCAUGGAGGUGAUUGAAAGAUUACUGAGGGAGGAGUACAGUUACUCAUCUCUGGAUGACUUCCUGAUCAGAGUCUUGGAGAAAUCCUUCCUCAGUCAAAAUGGCCACCUGGACCUAUUUGUCCGGUUUCUUCAUGGCCUCUCUGUUGAGUCCAACCAGAGACUCUUAGGAGGUCUUCUGGGUCAGACAGAGCACAGUCCAAGAACCAUUCAGAGAGUCAUCAGCAAUCUAAAGGAGAUGAACCUCUAUGUUCAACAGAACAAGACCAGCGAUGGAAUCAUGUUUUCUAGGAACAGUAAUAUUUCUCCAGACAGAAGCAUCAAUGUCUUCCACUGCUUGACGGAGAUGAAAGACCUCUCAGUUUAUCAAGAGAUCCAAGAGUUCCUGAAAUCAGAGAACAGAUCAGAGAAGAAACUCUCAGAGAUCCAAUGUUCAGCUCUGGCCUACAUGCUGCAGAUGUCAGAGGAGGUUCUGGAUGAGUUGGACCUGAAGAAGUACAAUGCAUCAAAGGAGGGACGAUGGAGACUGAUUCCAGUUGUGAGGAACUGCAGAAAGUUUCGGUGA